AGCGGGACAAGCGAUGACCAGCACAGCAGAGUGGAAUGACAGACAGGAAAAGGAGCGUGGUGUGGUGUUAUUUUUCACCACUCGAUAAAGUCACGGCAAAAUGUACAAUAUGUGAUAAGAAGGUUGCACACAGCAGCAACACCAGCAACCUAUUUAAACAUUUAAAAAGUACACACCUUGAAAGUCACAAUGAGCUUGAAAAACGACAAGAGGAGGCAGAGAAAGACAGGUCUGCUGCUGCUGCACCACCCGCUGUCCGGCAAAAGACCCUACAUGAGAGUUUCCAGAAAGGAAAAGUACAUCCAGCUGAGUCCCAAAGAGCCCAAGAGAUCACAAGGAGCCUCUCCCAGAUGAUUGUGAAAGACUUGGAACCAGUUUCAAUGGUUGAGGAUCAAGGUUUCCAUCAUUUUAUGAAAGUAGUGGAUCCCCGUUACCAGAUCCCAAGUCGGAAAUCCCUGAUGACAGGUGAAAUUCCCAAACUAUAUGAACAAGUUAAAAAAACAUUGAAAGACUCCAUACAAUCAGCAGGCAGCCUGGUUUUAACAAGUGAUAUGUGGACUGCAAGAACCACUGAAGCUUAUUUGACUGUGACAGGACACUUUAUUGAUAAGGACUGGCAGAUGCAGUCCUGCAAUCUUGCAACAUACCAUGUAGCUGUACAGCAUACAGCAGACAAUAUUUGUGAACUCCUCACAAAAAUAACUGAUGAGUGGAGCAUCAGCAGCAAGAUCCACGCUGUCGUUACAGACAAUGGAGCAAAUAUGGUUUCAGCUGUGCGGAAAACUUGCUGGAAACACAUUCCGUGCUUUUCACACACACUCAACCUCAUUGUGAAGGACUCUAUUAAGGCUGACACAAGUCUCAAGUCCAUCUUGGAGAAAUGUGGUGCUAUUGUUCGGUUCUUCCAUCACAGCACCAAAGCAACUGACAAACUAAAAGAAGUACAAAGUCAGUUGCGAUUCCCACAGCACAGACUAAUCCAAGCAGUGGAUACGCGAUGGAAUUCAGUAUUGUACAUGCUAGAACGACUGCAUGAACAACAAGCUGUCACAACAGCACUUUGUCUUCUUGGGAGAACCACCCUGUGCCUGAAUGAGGGAGAAUGGUCCCACAUUAGCCAAGCCAUUGAAGCCCUUAGGCCUUUUGAAGAGGCCACUAAGGAGGUUUCAGCAGAGCACUACGUAACCAUUUCCAAAGUCAUUCCUCUGGUUUCUCUUCUCCAACGAGCAACCUCAUCUGCUGGGCAGAGGGGUAACUCUCUGGCUUCACAGCAACCUCAUCUGCUGGGCAGAGGGUUUUAA